AUGCCAAUGGAAAGGAAGGAGUUAGAUGGGAAGGAACGGGACACUAUGAACGAAGAAGGUGACUUCUCUGUUCGCUCCAGGAAGAGGAAGGCAAAUGUGGACAUUUCUCUGCAGGAUCCAGAUGAAGGAAUUGCCAAAAUUGACAAGACUGUGAUAGACCAGUGUGGCAGUCAGCCUUGGGACAAUAAUACAUGGGCAAAUCCCUGCUCCUUGAUCCCCACACAUGACAAAGAUGCGCUGGUAUACACAAAUUCUACAUUUGAGCCUCAGAGAUCCACACCAUCCAGAGCCUCACCGCUUCCUAUACUGAACUGGGCAAACAGAGAGGAAGUUUGGAAAAUAAUGCUAAACAAAGAAAAGAUGUACUUAAGGGAUAAGCACUUUUUGCAGCGACACCCUCUUCUGCAGCCUAAAAUGAGAGCAAUUCUUCUGGAUUGGUUAAUGGAGGUGUGUGAAGCCUAUAAACUUCACAGGGAGACAUUUUACUUGGCACAAGAUUUCUUUGAUCGGUAUAUGGCAACACAAGAAAAUAUUGUAAAAACACUUUUACAGCUUAUUGGGAUUUCAUCUUUAUUUAUUGCUGCCAAACUUGAGGAAAUCUAUCCUCCAAAGUUGCACCAAUUUGCUUAUGUUAGAGAUGGUGCUUGUUCAGGAGAUGAAAUUCUCACUAUGGAAUUAGUGAUAAUGAAGUCCCUUAAGUGGCAUUUAAGUCCCCUGGCUAUUGUGUCCUGGCUGAAUGUAUACAUACAGGUUGCGCAUCUAAAUAACAUAUAUGAAGUGCUACUGCCGCAAUAUCCCCAGCAAAACUUUUUACAAAUUGUAGAGCUUUUAGAUCUCUGUGUCCUUGAUGUUGGUUGCUUAGAAUUUCCCUACGGUGUACUUGCUGCUUCUGCCUUGUAUCAUUUCUCUGCAUCUGAAUUGAUGCAAAAGGUUUCAGGGUACCAAUGGUGUGAUAUAGAGAAGUGUGUCAAGUGGAUGGUUCCAUUUGCCAUGAUUAUAAGAGAGACAGGAUGUUCCAAACUAAAGCACUUCGGGGGGGUUCCUGCAGAAGAUGCCCAUAACAUACAGACUCACAUCAACAUCUUGGAUUUGCUGGACAAAGCUGAAGCAAAGAAAGCCAUGUUGUCUGAACAAAACAGGAUUUCUCCUCCCCCCUCGGGGGUCCUCACCCUACCACAGAAUAGUAAGAAGCAGAGCAGUGAGCAGGAAAAAAUGUGA